AUGGCAUCACUUAACGAUUUUCCUUUCGAAUUCCGAUCCGACGAAAAUGAAAUUAAGGAAUUACAAAAAUAUUUUCUUGGAAAAUCCUUCGAACAUGUUUACGUCGGACCAAAGAAUUAUACGAUGCUACGUGAAUAUACAAAAGACGCUGCCAAUAUUUACAAUCUGCCUCUGAGAUCUGAUGAUAUAUUUGUUGCCAGCUUUCCACGAUCAGGGACAACAUGGACACAAGAAUUGGUGUGGCUUUUAGCAAAUGAUAUGGAUUAUGUAAAGGCAGCUGCCGAACCUCUCACGUCAAGAUAUACAUUUAUAGAAUUCCCAAUGUUCAUGAAUAAAGAUUCAGUAAGCGAACUUAAAAGUAUCAAUGCCGAUAACGAGGAGCGGAAAAAAAUAAUUGAUUAUUUGAGCAGGCCUGGCUCUGAAGUGAUCGCCGAAAAACCGUCGCCACGUUUUAUCAAAACUCAUCUUCCCAUGACUCUGCUGCCUCCUCAUAUACUCGAUAUAGCUAAAGUUGUGUAUGUGGCCCGCGAUCCUCGGGAUGCUGCUGUUUCAUUUUUCCACCAGAACAGACUUUUUAAGAUGGCACAUUUUGUCGGCGAUUUCAAAACUUAUUGGAACUUCUUUGUUAGAAACAUGAUUCUUUGGACACCAUUCUUUGAUCAUUUGAAAGAAGCAUGGGAGUUGCGUAAUCACCCGAACUUGCUGUUUUUAUUCUAUGAGGAUCUUUGA